CCUGUUGUAACACUCUCAUCAAAUAACAGUGAUUAGCAAGACGGAACUCAAAAUCUGUGGUUUUGUGAGUAAUUUUAUUACAAUGCCAUUUCGUGAUCGUGUGUCACUGUAAUUGACUUUUGUGCAUACUAAGUUUUGCCGUCUCCCAUUUCUUCUGAUCACUUCUAAAAACCUCCCCCAUUACGGCAGUCCCACCUCAAAACCUCAUCUCGCUGCAAUGCAUUAAAGCAGCCCAUCGCAUCCUAUUUCCAACAGCCACGCCUAGCCUGAAUUAUGUACCCAAUAGUAUGCAAUGUUUUCACAAAGCCAGUGGGAGGGGAUUCGCAUCUUUGAAAAGGCUCUUAUCUUACUGAGGGCCACAUCACAGCGACGAUGAAAGUGCUGGUUACUGUCCUCAUCCUUUCAGGUUUGGGAGUUGCCUCCCAAGGCAAGGUAUGUAGCUUUCAGGAAGUUGUAGACCAUUUGAACCUGACCUCUAACAACAGGGCCUAUCAGUUGACGCGGCCCGUCCUGGACCACACGCAUCCCACCGUUGUGGAGCUCAACAUUAUCCUCUAUGCCAUCCUGGGCGUGAUCGAGAAAACACAAACCUUCAUUCCGUUCCUCUGGUUGACAAUGUGUUGGACAGACGAGCGCAUCUUUUGGGAUCCGGACAAGUUUUGUGGCAUCACGGAACUAUCCCUUCCAGUCGAGAUGCUCUGGAAGCCUGACAUUAUGAUCCUCGAGAUGGUGGAGAAAGACAACUCGCAGCCAAACUUUUACAUGCAAGUGAAGCACGACGGGACCAUCUGGAUGGAUCAGGACGUACGAGCGGUGAGCAUGUGCAUGAUGGACGUGCACAAGUUCCCCUUUGACACGCAGCGCUGCAACAUAUCGCUGACUUCUGCCGCUUCAGAGUAUAAAGACCUGCAAGUCAUCCCGGUGGCGAACUCAUCGCGGGCUACCGAGUUCAGCAAAGCUUGGAUGCAUUCUCAGGGAGAGUGGGAGUUCCUCCAUUUGUCCGUAAGCAGCAGCAACAUCACCAUGGAUGAAAAAGACUGGGCGCAGUUGGUGUACACGUUUGUCAUCAGAAGGCGACCCUUGUUGCACGUCAUCAACUUCCUGCUGCCCAUCCUCUUCUUCCUGGUACUGGACCUGGCCUCCUUCUUUAUUCCAGACCACCACGGCGAGAAGCUGGGGUUCAAAGUCACCGUGAUGCUCGCCAUUUCUGUGUUGUUGCUCAUCCUCAACGACAUCUUACCUUCCAUGUCCAACAAGACACCGCUUAUUGCCACCUACUGCAUCGUCAUCUUCGCCUUGAUGCUGCUCAGCUUGCUGGAGACCAUUUUUGUGGCCUACCUGAUGGAUGGAGACUCGCCGGAUAAGCCGAUGAGGUGCCUCAGGAGCGAAGAGAACGGGUCAACAGAUAAAUCCGACAUGGAAAGCCGACAAGUGGGAUCUUCAUGUACAUUCGUGUCGGGUGGAGAGAAACGAGAUGAGCUUCUGCCUGAAGUGGAGGAGAUCAACAACAGCGCGCUGGGGACGGAAUCUCGACUGCUGCUGUUGAUUGUGGACGAACUAAAGCAGUUGCAGCGGACGCUAAAUGUGCACCUGAGCAGCAAGAAAGACGGCAGCAAAUGUUCACACUUGGGCAGGAAAAUCAACAACAUUUUUUUCUGGUUCUACCUCUCCACCGCCACCCUCUUUCUGUCAAUUCUCUUUCUGGCCUGGUCCACAUAGAUGUCUCCAUUUUAAAUAAAUGUAGCAAUUAGAAGGGUAUAAACAUAGUGUAUGUCAAGAACUACCAUUUUUUUUCUCAAAUUACCUCAUAGAUAACUUUUUAUACCGUAUUGGCCCGAAUAUAAGGCGGUAUUUUUUGCAUUGAAAUAAGACUGAAAAAGUGUCUUAUAUUCGGGGGUCUAGACAUUAUACCCAUUCACGACGCUAGAUGGCGCCAGAUAUCAAUUAAGCCGAAUGCUGAGUUUGAGGAGUAAUGUUCUGUCAUGAUAGAUCUCAGCUACUCUCAAGUUUAACCAGUUUGCGUUAUUAUAUUGCAGUGUUUUUCCUUAUUCAGAUUUGUUUCAAGACUACAGUUACAGUUAGACCUCACUUUCAUGGUUAAUGCAGUUAUUGCAAUUUUGUUGUCACAAUAGAUUGGUUUAUUUACAUUUGAAAAACCAGAAGCCAUUCAUUUACGAAUCUGAUUGCACUUUAAUUUACAUAUUUAAAUGUUCACAUGUUAAGAUUUGAAUGAGGCAAAAUAACAUGCUUUUUCUCUCAAAUAUAUUGUAAUAAUCAUUUGUUUCAGAUGUGCUGUAAUUAUUUUCUGUAUAAAAAAUAAUUUGGUGUUCAAAAAGUCUUUUUUUCAAACGAGUCUUGAAAAAGAGGUGGUCGUCUUAUAAUCAGGGCCAUCUUAUAUUCGGGCUAAUAUGAUAUAUAUAUACAGUGGUACCUUGCAGAUAUAUAUAUUUCCUUUUGUUUA